UCUAACAUUCAAUCUCUUCUACACAUAGAUCUCUCUCUCUCUCUCUCUCUUGGUUUGUGCCAUGGCCGACGUAGAUAGCAGCGGAGGUGGUGCGCCGGGAAUCAAGCUUUUCGGCACGACAAUCGCUCCGCAGGUGAAAGGAGUUGAGGUGAAGAAGCCAGCAAAGGCCGAUGACACAAAUGAAAAGAGGGCGGAGAAGACAAUUCCAUGCCCAAGGUGCAAAAGCAUGGACACCAAGUUCUGUUAUUUCAACAACUACAACGUCAACCAACCUCGGCAUUUCUGUAAGGCAUGCCAGAGGUAUUGGACGGCCGGAGGGACGCUUCGGAACGUACCGAUUGGAGCCGGGCGUAGGAAAAACAAGCCUCCAAGUCAGGGGACAAUUGGGUUCCCCAACAACUGUGUGUUCGAUGCUUCUGGGGUGAACCAGUUUGACUUUGAGGGUGUGAUGGAGCAGUGGAGCAUAGCCACGGCCAGGGGCGGAUUCCGGCAAGUUUUUCCGUCGAAGAGACGAAGCAACACAUCUUCUGGUCAAAUAUGUUGACUUUUAUAUUUCCUUGUUGCCCCAACGGAUUUUAAAAAGAAACGAAAAUUGCUAUUGGGGUCAUAUAUAAUUGUAUAUACAGGCUUGUAUGAAUUAAUUAAUCAUGUUACAAUGUAUUCUCCAUUAAAAUGGCCUCUCAAGCUCAAAAUCAAUGAUGUGCUGAACAGUUCUUCUC